CUUAGACAUUGGUGUUUUGUUUCAAGCGAUAUGCAGUCCUUCCGGAACCAAAAAUUUUCUGAACAACUACAGCUCCACAGAAAAUGGGCUGCCCUUCUUCGGCUAUGGCAAACAUUCCCAAUGCUGCUCCUUCAACUGAUGAUGACGAUGUAACUCAACAAUCUGUGUACAGCUCGACUACCAACCUCGAUGUAAUACCUAACGUGAAUCGCCGAGUUAAUCUUGACAAUACUGUCGAGGCUGUGUACAGCAAUAUUUCGCAAACUGCAAGCGACAGACCUCCAUUAUCGCCAAAGCAGACGUCUGACAGUUCACUCGCUGUAUUCGAAAACAAAUGGCCCGUUGCAGCGUUGAUCAUUCCUUUUUCAAUUGCUGGUCUUCUGAUUCGCAUUGGCUUACAACGACUUGAAACAUAUCCUGGCGCGCCUAUAUUUGGUCUGCUUUACGCCCAGUGGGUAGGCUGUGUGAUUAUGGGUUUCGUCGCUGAAAUCAAGCCAAGUUUGUCUGCAGUGUACCUUCCGCUCGUUGGUGGAAUCUCAAGUGGACUUUGUGGAUCCAUUACAACGUUCUCUUCAUGGCAAUUAGGGAUCUUCAAAGCUUUUGCGAACUACGAUGGAGAUCCCCAUUCGACCGGGAAGAACGUCCUGGCGGCCAUCUCCCAAUUGUUGGUGACAUUGGCCAUGUCUCUCAAUGGCGUCGUCUUUGGUUACCAUAUUGGUAAACUCUACAAGGCUUGGAUACUGCAGGGCCGUUCUCCAGCAAAAUUACGUAUAGUUCCGGCCGGAUUUUCUCUACAGUCCUUGGCGAGGCUAGACUUCGGAAUCAUAGCUUUCGGCAUCCUCUGUUGGUUGGGCGUUAUCUUUGCGAGUGUAUUUGCACAGGGUCAGCGGGAGCUUGCAUUUGCUUGUGUGUUUGCUCCUAUUGGCGCUCUUUUACGCUGGCAAUUAUCAUUCCUUAAUUUGUGGAGAGGAGGGGUUUUUCCGAUUGGCACCUUCGCCGCUAACAUCAUAGCAUCUAUUGUUCUGGCAGUUAUAUCCUUGUUGCAAUCGGGGGUUCCAAUGUCCCUGAUGUCCUGCUAUGUUUUGACAGGUCUUGCUGAUGGUUUUUGUGGUACAUUAUCUGUCGGGUUAAUGAAAAUAUAGACACUUACAGAAGCAAUUAGGUUGCCUCUCUACUGUAUCCACCUUCAUGAUUGAGCUUACAAGUCUUCCUGUAAUCCACUCUUAUACCUAUGGCAUGACAUCUGU